AGAGAUGGAAACAACAUAUGCAGAGUAUGUGGAUUGGUCAGAGGAACCCAUUGCAGAUUCUCUUGUGAACAAUUACAAGAAGGCCAUGCAACAAGUAGAGAAAGUAUAAGCCAUAUGAAGAGGCAUUGCUGGCUGCUGAAACUCCGAAAUUAGCAGAAUACCAAGCUUACAUUGACUUUGAAACGAAGGAAGGAGAUCCGGCUCGCAUCCUGCUUAUUUUCGAACGUGCCCUGGCUGAAAAUUGUUUGGUUCCGGAUCUUUGGGCAAGAUACACUCAGUACCUUGACAGACAGCUCAAAGUGAAGGAACUGGUUCUUUCUUCUCAUGACCGGGCUACCAGAAAUUGUCCAUGGACAGUGGCCCUUUGGAAAAGGUGUAUUCUCGCCAUGGAGCGACAUUGUGUAGAUCACAACACUAUAGUUGAAACGUUUGAAAAGGCUCUUAAUGCGGGCUUCAUCCAGGCCACAGAUUAUGUGGAGAUUUGGCAGUCAUACCUGGAUUAUCUCCGAAGAAGAGUAGACUUCACAAAAGAUUCCAGUAAAGAGCUUGAAGAACUUAGAGCUGCAUUUGCUCGUGCACUGGACUACCUGAAGCAAGAAGUUGAGGAAAGAUUUGGUGAAAGUGGAGAUCCAACUUGCAGCAUAAUGCAAAACUGGGCCAGGGUAGAGGCUCACCACUGCAACAACAUGCAGAAAGCCAGAGAGCUGUGGGAUAACAUCAUGACCAAAGGAAAUUCUAAAUUUGCCAAUAUGUGGUUGGAGUACUACAACAACCUAGAGAGAGCUCAUGGAGAUAUUCAGCACUGCAGGAAAGCCUUGCAUAGGGCUGUCAUGUGCACUUCAGACUACCCUGAACAUGUGUGCGAGGUUCUUCUUACUCUGGAGAAAAUAGAAGGGACAUUGGAGGACUGGGAUAUAGCUGUUCAUAAAACAGAAAUGAGACUUUCACGAGUCAGUGAGCAGCGUGCAAAGGAUGCAGUACUAGCUAGGCAAGAAGAGGAAAGAGCAGAACAAAGGAAAAAGUCACGAGCAGAGAAAAAAGCUGCAAAGAAGGUGAAAAAAGUAAAACCAGGAGACAAACGCAAAGCAGAGGAGGAGGAUGAAGAAGAUGAAGAAUGGGGGGAGGAGGCAGAGCAGCCCAGCAAGAGACCCAAAGGAGAAGAAAAGCUGGAAGACAAUGAGAAAGAUGAGAUGGAGACUGAAAUUGGACUGUUUGGCCGGAGUACCACCUCUAUGGCUCACACUUCAGCCAGACACAAGCUGCCUACUACAAAGGAGCAGCCAAAGGUUCUGCAUGAUACAAACAAAGACAGUAUAACUGUAUUUAUCAGCAAUCUGUCCUUUAAUAUGCCUGAUCCAGAAAAGCAGCUUAGGAAAGUCUUCUCUGGUUGUGGGGAGAUCACCGACGUCAGAGUUAUCUAUAUAACAACAAAGGCACUUUCCGUGGUUAUUGUUAUGUUCAGUUUUCAGAUGAAAAAAGUACCCUAGAUGCACUGAAAUUAGAUCGGCAGAAGAUCAAUGGGAGGCCAAUGUUUGUCUCCCCUUGUGUGGACAAG